UUUCAGCCUUUAUCUUGACCAACAGUUGGAGAACCUGUUUGUUCACCAUGUCUAAACAUCUGUUGGUCGUUUUUGAAUUUCUUCUAGCCGGCAUUUCAUGCCAAGCCGCAUUGACAGAGCUUGAUGCAUAUUCGUUACAAGAAUUUGAUAAGCUGGUUCGCCAGAACCUGGUGUUUAUGGUUGUGGAUCGUGUCAAUGACUCCAUCACAGCCCAGAGCCAAAUGCAGUACGACUGCGCAAGUCUAGUGAAUCACACCGCAGACAACUGCAGAUCAUGCGAAGGAGCACAUCACACCCCCGACAAUCACCGAGUUAGUAAUCCCCUAGAUGUGGUGUUGCCUGUGAUUCUAGAACCCUCCCUCUCGGCUGGAAAACUUUUGGAUUUCGUAGCCAGCACGGUGACGUCAAGCCCCGCCAUUAAAUUACUAGGCAAGAAAACAACAAAGCUGGUUCACGAUAUAGGCAGUGUAGCAGAAAAUGCAGGCAAAACUCUGCUUGGAGGUGCGAAGGAUGCCUUUUCUACAUCAGUAAGUGGUCUUAAACAGCUUGGUGACAAACUCACGUCACUAACGUCUGACAUCGGAUCUUCCUUGAAAGGGGCUGUGGGGGAUCUAGGGCACCUGUUCACAGACCAAAUCGGGGGAAGCCUCCAGAAUAUCGGUUCUGGGUUAGUAAGUGGGGCUCAAGAUUUACUGAACAACAUCGCUAGUGGUGCCACGGAUGUUGCCAAUGGUAUCGCUAGUGGAGCCAAGGACGCAGUACAUUCUAUAUCUAGUGGGAUAAGCAGUAUUGGACAUCAUAUCGGGCAUAUUUUUGGAAGGAAGAGGUCGGCCUGUCCCAGUUGUGACAAGAUUAACAGCAAGAACUCGGACGAAAUUGUUACAAACGUGUGCGGAUCUGAGUUCAUGUCUCGCCAUAAUGCUAUCCUCACUGAAAUUGACCACAUGAAAGAUAUCUACUCUUCUGCUGUGAAUUCAACCAUAAUACAAAAGGUUGAGUAUGACCCAGCCUCUAUUGAUGUGACCCAUGGUGUACAGUUCAAAGUCGUCUUCAUCACGUACACAAUAAAUGGACACACCAAGCGUUACGCCCCCACAUCACCCCUACGUCUGACUGAUCUACCCUCCAUGUCAGAAAGUGUGUCCAUGGAGAUAUAUGAGUCUUAUGUGUAACAGACAAAAUACUAUUUCUGUUCUGAGUAAAUCUUUUUAUUAUUUUAAAACAA